UUGGAACUAUAAAAAAAAAAACCUCAGUUAACUAAAAAGAGAAUUAAUGAAGUGGAAGAAAUACUUCAGAAUUCAGGCUAGAGCUGUAAGGAAGAAAACCAUAAAAAUCAUUUAAGAGACCUAGAGACUAAAAUGAGAAAUACCAAAUACAUUGAACUAGAGUUCCAGAGAAGAGAGUAAGAAGAACACAAAAUAACAUUAUUGAAAAAGGAUGGAAAUUUUUUCCAUAACUAGAGAUAUGUGAUGAAGCUCCCUGUAUCAUGAGCAAAAUAAGUAAAAAAUAAAUCCACACCUAGACCUCUGAGAAUAAAAUGCAGAAUAUCAAAGACAAAGGGAAAAUAUUAGAACUACAUGUGUGAAUAAAACCAGGCUAUUGAGAAAAUGGCAGUAGGUGUAGAGAGCAGGUAAGUGGCCAGUCUAUGCUUCAUUCUUGCCCAUUCUUCAUGAAUUUUCAUUUCAGUGGGCGAAGAGGACCCUGCUUUGACAGGGGAAUCAGAGCUCUGCCUUGUCAACAGUGGGAGGUGGAUAGAUUAGGAGGAAGACAGUUCAAUUGCCAUUUUAUUACAGUCUCAGAAACUAUCUCAAAUAUAGUGUUUAAAAGGACGGACUCUGAAGUGAUGCCAGUAUAUUAUUUGUAAUUCAAUUCACAUUUCUCUCAACUUUAGCCUGUUCAGUUUUGGAUACAUGCCCAAGCAUGUUCUUUAUCAAAGGUAUAUUAAAGAAUAAAUCAAUCAGUGAACAAGUUUUACUGAGCAGCAUGAGUUGUUUAUUCCAAAAAAAAAAAUAUUAUCUACUAAGAGUAAGAUACUUUGUUAGAAAUUUUAAUUAAGAAUUAUGAAAAAAAGAAAAGAAAAAAUGAGCCAUGAAGACAUACAACAGGACAAUGAAUAAUGGGUUUAAACUGGUUUAGAUAUGAUGAUCCAGGCAGAGGGUUCAGCAAGUGCAAAGGCCCUGGGGCAGGUUGGCACUUACCAUAUUUGAAUAACAGAAAGUAUGCCAGUGUUCCUGGAACACAGUGAUUGAGGAGAAGGGUAGUAUAAGGUCAGUAAGGGAAGCAGGAAUCAGGCCAUAUAGAGUGGGGUUAGGAGUUUGGACUUUAUUCUUAAUCCAAUCAGCAUAGUUGUGCAACUUGUGCAAUAUUCAGUUGCACAAGUGUAGUUAUGAUGGAGCAGCUUCGCCCAGUGAGUAAACAGAGAAAGAAUGGAGACGGAGGUGUGGGGGUUCACAGGAAGUGAUCAAGUUGGACCAUGGAGCCCAAGGCUGGGCAAGAAGGGUGAGAAGAACAUUUGGAAAAUGGUGUUCAAUGGACAGCAGAUCCCAGUGAGAUAGAACCAUUUGGAUUUGAAGCAUUUUAGUAAGUAGGCCAGAGGACAACACAUUAUUCAGAGAGUGAAAUCCUUAAAUCUGGGAUUUCAAAGACUGGUUUUUUUUCCCCCUAACCUCCCCUUGUGAGUAGACAGAAUAGAUAACAAUCUGUGAAAUGAGAUUCCAGAAUUAAGAAAGUUUUGUUGUGCUCACCUUGCCCAGAAUGUAUCCCCUCACUUGCUCAGAGUUGUCUAAAAUCACGCAAGUAGAAAGCCAUUACUCCAUCAUCAAGGGCCUUCCUAUUAAAAUGUAAACCCUAUGGGAAAGAUGAUUUAUUCCAAGCCAGGCAGGGACACCUCAUCCUCAUCUCUCUCCAUAAAUGUGUAGUGAGCACCUCUCAGCCAAGGGCCCCGUGCGGCCAACCCACCAGUGCACAGCAUGGGACAAGACCAGCACUGUUCCCAACUUUAUGCAACUGAGGUCCUCGCAAACUUCAUCCUCAGGCUGACCUUGAGGACAUGCAGUAUUGUAAGGCUUGGCAAACAUAGCUCUGGCGUCUUCCUGGAGUCAGAGUGGGAGGAAAUGCCAAGUGACAACUGCAAUGACUGCCAUCCAUCCUGCUGGACUCAGGAAUCAGCAGGCUGCCUGUGCUGUGCUGCCUUUUAUCCCGUUUCCUGGGCUUCCACUUUAGACUCACAACAGACCAAGAAAGGAAAAGAUGGAGAGAAAGGUGGGCAAUGAAUCCGAAGGUGGAAAAGUAGAGAAGAUUUUAAAAGAAAGAAAAACAGGAGGUAGAGAGGUUGCACACAGUGAGAUCAGAAUUCAAAUCUGUUCUGCUGGCCUCUUAGGCCUCUGCACUUGCACCUACACCACUGUGCCACCAAGUCCUGACCUACAGGAGUAACAGAAGGAAAAGGGAAGAGGGCGCAGAUGUGAGGAUGCUCCCCCAGAUCAGAAUUUGGAGACACUGGUGCGGGUGUGCCAGCAGGAGUGCAGAAUGUGCAAGGCCUCCCGGAAGAAGGGACCUGUAAGAAGAAACAAGCACCAGACUCAGAACCUUAGUUAAUGCCCAUAUUUCCUGGAUGGAAAGCGGAGCCAGGGCAGCACCUAGAAAAGACUGUCCGAAAACGGAAGGAGAAACAGGAACAGCGCCGUGUCCCAGAAAUCUCUCAAACCAUGAAUUACGUGGGGCAGCUGGCCGGGCAGGUGAUUGUCACCGUGAAGGAGCUCUACAAGGGCAUUAACCAGGCCACACUGUCCGGCUGCAUCGAUGUUGUGGUGGUGCGGCAGCAGGAUGGCUCCUACCAGUGCUCACCCUUCCACGUGCGCUUCGGGAAGCUGGGCGUCCUGCGGUCCAAAGAGAAAGUGAUUGACAUAGAAAUCAAUGGCGAUGCAGUGGAUCUUCACAUGAAAUUGGGUGACAAUGGGGAGGCGUUCUUUGUGGAGGAGACCGAAGAGGAAUAUGAAGAGCUUCCUGCCUACCUUGCCACCUCACCAAUCCCUACUGAAGAUCAGUUCUUUACAGAUAUUGACUCCCCUUUGGUGAAACCAGGUGGAAGUGAAAGACCAUCUCAGAGUUCAGACGUCUCCCACAUCCUGGAAACAGAGACAGUUUUCACCCCCAGUUCUGUGAAAAAGAAAAAACGAAGGAGGAAGAAAUGCAAACAGGACAGUAAGAAGGAGGAGCAGGCAGCUUCCCCUGCUGCAGAAGACACCGUGGGUGUGGAGCUGAGCUCGGAUGACGACAAGGCGGCCCAGUCGGCAAGCUGUACAAAAUGUGCUGUUAGACACCUUGCUGUGGCACUGAAAUAUCACUUGAAGCCAACUGGCAGUGUGUCUCAUUUUACCCAUGGUGUCCGGUGUGUAGCAACAGUGAACCUUCUUCUCCUUCAUAUUUUCCUUUUAAGACAAGGAUCUUCAAAUGCUUCCUUAAAGGAAGAAGAAUAUAAGGAGCCUCUGCUUUUCCAUUCCAGAGACCACUACCCCUUAUCUGAUGGAGAUUGGUCCCCCUUAGACAACCCCUACUCCCCGGCGGCCUGUCCUAAGAGCGACUCAGAGCUGGAGGUGAAACCCACGGGGAGCCUGCUCAGAUCCGAGUCCCACAUGGAGUGGACGUGGGGAGGAUUUCCAGAGUCCACCAAGGUCAGCAAAAGAGAGAGAUCUAGGACAGCUAUGAUUACUCCAUCGGAAAAUACCCAUUUUCGGGUAAUUCCCAGCGAGGACAACCUCCUAAGUGAAGUUGAGAAGGAUGCUUCUGUGGGGGAGACGGUCUUUACCAUCGUGAAGCCGAAGCCCCGGGCCCCAGGGAAGCUGAGGAGUGGAGCAGCCUUGGCAUCAGGGCCUCGGGAGGCCCCCGAGGGGUCAGAUGCCCACCACCCUCCUCCCCCGUCCUUUGCCGAGCCACCCUCAGUAGCUAAACCAGCCACUAAAGUCGACUCACCCUCAAAGAAAAGAGGUGUCCACAAGAGAAGCCAACACCAGGGACCUGAUGAUAUUUACCUGGAUGACCUAAAGGCGCUAGAACCUGAGGUUGCAGCUCUCUAUUUCCCCAAAAGCGAGUCGGAGCCCGGAUCCAGGCAGUGGCCCGAGUCCGACACGCUCUCUGGCUCCCAGUCCCCACAGUCUGUGGGCAGCGCGGCCGCCGACAGUGGCACCGAGUGCCUCUCGGACUCUGCCAUGGACUUGCCCGACGUCACCCUGUCCCUCUGCGGGGGCCUCAGUGAAAACGGAGAGAUUUCUAAAGAGAAAUUUAUGGAGCAUAUCAUUACUUACCAUGAAUUUGCAGAAAACCCUGGACUUAUAGACAAUCCCAACCUUGUAAUACGGAUAUAUAACCGUUACUACAACUGGGCGUUGGCGGCUCCCAUGAUCCUCAGCCUGCAGGUCUUCCAGAAGAGCUUACCUAAGGCCACAGUUGAGUCCUGGGUCAAAGAUAAGAUGCCAAAGAAAUCUGGUCGCUGGUGGUUUUGGCGUAAGAGAGAGAGCAUAACCAAACAGCUGCCAGAGGCCAAGGAAGGGAAGUCAGAGGUGCCCCCGCCCAUGGACCAGCCAUCGAGCGCGAAGGAGACGGCCAGUGGCAGGCGGGCUGAGGAAGACUCAUCAAGUGACGAGGGGUCCCAGGAGCUGGAAGAAUCCAUCCAAGUGGACCCCAUUCCUACGGAGCCGCUGAGCUACAGCAGCACCACCUCCUAUAAGAAGUCUCUUCGUCUGUCCUCAGACCAGAUUGCAAAACUGAAGCUCCAAGACGGCCCAAAUGACGUCGUGUUUAGCAUUACAACCCAGUAUCAAGGCACCUGCCGCUGUGCGGGGACCAUUUACCUGUGGGACUGGAAUGACAAGGUCAUCAUUUCUGACAUCGACGGGACGAUAACCAAGUCUGAUGCUUUAGGACAGAUCCUUCCACAGCUGGGUAAAGACUGGACUCAUCAGGGUAUCGCAAAGCUCUACCAUUCCAUCAAUGAGAAUGGCUACAAGUUCCUAUACUGCUCCGCCCGCGCCAUUGGCAUGGCCGACAUGACCCGCGGCUACCUGCACUGGGUCAACGACAAGGGCACGAUCCUGCCCCGCGGCCCCCUGAUGCUGUCCCCCAGCAGCCUGUUCUCCGCUUUCCACAGGGAAGUAAUAGAAAAGAAACCAGAGAAGUUCAAAAUUGAGUGUCUAAAUGAUAUCAAGAAUCUCUUUGCCCCGUCUAAGCAGCCCUUCUAUGCGGCCUUUGGAAACCGUCCAAAUGAUGUCUACGCUUACACACAAGUUGGAGUUCCAGACUGCAGAAUCUUCACCGUGAACCCCAAGGGUGAGCUGAUACAAGAAAGGACCAAAGGAAACAAGUCAUCGUACCACAGGCUGAGCGAGCUGGUGGAGCACGUAUUCCCGCUUCUGAGCAAGGAGCAGAGCUCUGCCUUUCCGUGCCCGGAGUUCAGCUCCUUCUGCCACUGGCGAGACCCGCUCCCUCAGGUGGACCUGGAUGACCUGGCCUGAGGCGCGCCUCCAGCCGACGCCCCUGUCACCCGCCUCGCAGCUGGGGCAGGUGACCGGCCCUUCCGGUGGACAGAGGACGUGGGGUCCCCUCCCGGCCUCAGGUGUGGGACAAGACGUGCCGACAGCCGGGCACCAGCAGGGACGGGAAAGCUGCUGGGGCUGGAACCGCCUCCCCGCUUCCCCCUCCCAGGCCCCGAGGGGCUGCUGCUGGGCACUACGGAGGGGAGCUCGGGCCUCAGGCCAGAGGCCUGGGCUCCUGUCGCUGGCCGGUCCUCCCCCACGCUCUGGGUUGUGUGCUGGGUGCUCCUUUAAUUGCUUGAUUUAAAAAGAAGAAAAAAGAAGCUAAGAGGGGACCAAAACGUUGCACAAAGUAAAGUGUUCUAAUUUCCACUGGGCAGUUGAGAGUGUUUCUCUCUAAAAAGGAGGGCUUUCUUCAGGGGAUCAGGGUCCAGUUGGUGAUGUUGGUCCAAAUCACCUGUGCACAUUUCUUCUGUGGGCUCCUCCCUCCCUGCUCCACGGAAACGGGACGCUUGCUCGGGCCCCCAGGAUGACAAACGUGGGCUUCGGAGGAACAUAAGGUCCUUAUAUCAUUGCCUUCUCACCUGUGACUAUUCCACGGUGGGGACCUGAACUGAGGUGUCGUGUCUCGGACCGGCAGGAAGGAGCAGGUCUUGCAGGAUGUAUGUGAUGCCCGUAAGAGCCGUCCUAGCAGCCGAAGUUGGUAAAACAGCAAGGAACAGCUCUGUUCUCAGGGAGGCCUUGGAAAUGCAGAUGGGCACUUGUGACGGGUCCUGGGAAGGGUCCUUUCUCCGUCCCCC